GUGCGGGGCAGGAGAGGUGCGUGGGGGACCCGGGGGGGCGCAGGGGGCUCGGUGCUUCCCCCCAGACCCGAGCAGGAGCGGGGCUGGCCUGGCCGCGGUGCGCCUCGGGGUCGGGCCCGGGCCCACGCUGGAACGUUGACCUUCAUCCUGAAGAAGACAUCACUUCUGCGAUACUUUGACAUAGUCCACUGAAAAUGAAGCAAGAUUCUACUAGAAAUGCUGCUUACACUGUGGACUGUGAAGAUUAUGUGCAUGUGAUAAAAUUCAAUCCAUUUGAUAGUGGAGAUGCAUGUUCCCUCAUUGCAUAUGGUGGCAAUAAUUAUGUAGUUGUUGGGACAUGUAGAUUUCAGGAAGAGGAUGCAGAAAUGGAAGGCAUGCAAUAUAAGACACUACGAACAUUUCAUCAUGGAAUGAGAGUUGAUGCCAUAGCAUGGAGUCCAGAAACUAGACUUGAUGCUUUACCUCCCCGGAUAAGGUUUUGUACAGCAGCUUCUGAUAGGAAGUUAAGGCUAUUUACUUCAGACCUGCAGGACAAGAAUGAAUAUAAGACAUUUGAUGGCCACUCAGAUUACAUUAAUGAUCUGGUGUUUGCUCCCAAAGAAGGUCAAGAAGUUGCAAGUGUAAGUGAUGAUCACACUUGCAGAGUCUGGGAUUUGGAAGGAAAUGAGAAGGCCCAUUUUGUUUUACGUUCUCCUGGAAUGAGUGUGUGCUGGCAUCCUGAUGAGGCUUUUAAGCUGAUGGUAGCGGAGAAAAAUGGGACAAUACGAUUCUAUGAUCUCAUUACACAGCAGGCCAUUCUCUCGCUAGAGUGUGAACAAACGCCACUGAUGUCAGCGGACUGGUGUUUAAAGAACACUCUUAAAAUUGGAGCAGUUGCGGGAAAUGAUUGGCUCAUAUGGGAUAUCACUCGCUCCAGUUAUCCGCAGGAUAAGAGUCCUGUCCAUGUUGAUCGAGCCAGAUUAUUCAGGUGGUCCCGAGUGAAUGAAAACCUGUUUGCAACCACUGGAUAUCCAGGAAAGACAACUACUCAACUGCUUGUUCAUCAUCUAGGACAUCCCCAGCCCAUUCUUACUGGUACGGCAGCUGUAGGAUCUGGACUGACAUGGCACAGAACUCUUCCAUUAUGUGCAGUUGGAGGAGACCAUAAAAUUUUCUUUUGGGUAACUGAAAUGUAAAAUAACCAUUUGCUUCCAAUAUUAAAGUUUACAGCAUGAUAUCCUUUUUGUAGAAAAUCAAAGGAAAUUACUCUUUGUACUGGUAUUUAUUCACAUGGAGAAUACAAGAACAGGACAAGUAAAACAGGAAACGUUUUGUGGUUGAUUUUCAGCUCGCAAAUGCAACAACUUUUGUACAUAAAAAUCAGAUAUCAUUCAUUUGACACUUUGUUACUUCCCUUAAAAUAUACACUUUUUUAACAUGG